AGGAUAAUAAGGUGAGAACCGCUUCCGGCUGCGAAACAUGGCGGCGCCCGUUGAAAGGACCGUAUUUGAGCGUGGGACUGUACGGCACUUCCGUCCGUCCAGCUUUGCUGCGAGUCUGGACCGCCGGCUUCGCACAUGGGGUCCGCCGGCUUGGCACGGUUGCAUGGGCUCUUCGCGGUCUACAAGCCUCCGGGGCUAAAAUGGAAGCAUCUGCGGGAUACCGUGGAGCUGCAGCUUCUGAAGGGUCUCAAUGCUGGGAGGCCUCCUGCCCCAGAACAGCGCGUUCGCUUCCUGCUGGGCCCCAUGGAAGGCAGCAAAGAGAAGGAACUGACCCUCACAGCCACCAGUGUGCCCACCCUCACGGACCAUUUGCUGGUACGUGGACCAGCAUUCACCAGCCUGAAGGUUGGCGUGGGACACCGGCUGGAUGCCCAGGCAUCUGGGGUGCUUGUACUCGGCGUGGGACAUGGUCGCCGUCUCCUCACCGACAUGUACAACGCUCACCUCACCAAGGAUUACACAGUGUGCGGCCUCCUAGGCAAAGCCACAGAUGACUUCUGUGAGGACGGGCGGCUGGUGGAGAAGACGACAUACGACCACGUGACCAGAGAGAAGCUGGACCGAAUCUUGGCCGUAAUUCAAGGCUCCCAUCAGAAGGCCCUGGUGAUGUACUCCAACCUCGACCUGCAGACUCAGGAAGCCUAUGAGAUGGCCGUGAGAGGCUCCAUCCGGCCCAUGAACAAGUCCCCAAUGCUGAUAACAGGCAUCCGGUGCCUCCACUUUGCGCCUCCAGAAUUCCUCUUAGAGGUGCAGUGCAUGCAUGAGACACAGAAGCAGCUGCGAAGGCUGGUCCAUGAAAUCGGCCUGGAGCUGAAGAGCACUGCUGUCUGCUCCCAAGUGCGGCGUACGCGUGAUGGCUGCUUCACCCUGGACGAUGCCCUCCUGAGGACCCAGUGGGACCUACACAGCAUCCAAGGUGCCAUCCAGGCUGCAGCCCCCCGGGUGGCAGCGGAGCUGGAGAAGAGCUUGAGUCCACGACUGGGCACCCAGCAGCUGCUGGGGCCAGGCCAGCACUGCGAUUCCCAGGGGCCAAGGUCUGCCUUGAAAGGCCAGGCAGCUGGUGGGGCAGCAGGUGGAUAAAGGUAAAGAGUUGUUCAUGAAGCGGAACUCAUGACCAUGCAGAAAGAGCAGAGGAUGUUUUUCUAUUUGUGCCUCAGACUGAAGCUGUAAGAGAAAAGAUCAACAGAUUUGACCCAGUUGAAAAGAAGAAGCUUCUUUAUGGAGGAAAAGAUGAUACAUGAAUGACAGACCGAUAAAAAUCUUUGCAGUAUGUUUAACGAAGAACUGAUAUCCAUAAUAUAUAAAGAGCUCUUAUAAAACAAGAAGAUGACAAGGAAAUUAGGCAAAUGACAUGAAUCGUAUAUAAAAAAAUCCAGAUGUUCAGUAAACCAGAAAUUAUGCUCAACCUUUCUAGUAACGAAAGACAUACAGAUGAAAAAUAAGAUGACUUUUUCCUUUGCUUUCAAAAAUAAUAAAAAGAUAACAGCACUGGUGAUGAAGUGAGAAAAUGGACAGUCUAUAUUGUUGCUAAGCAUAUACAACUGUGUAGGUCUAGGAGUAAUUUGAUAGUAUGUAUCAAAAUUACCAUCCAUCAGUAAGCGACUGGUUAAAUAAAUGUGACAUACGUAAGGUCAAAAGGCUCUAUUCUCAUACCAUCAAAAUCAAAAGAAAAAAAAUUUAGCCAUUUUUUUCUGCCAAUUUUAUUUCUCCAGGCUUUGGACACCUUGGUCCCGUGUGUGCUUUUUUGGGGGGUUGUCUUUUAACCUCUAGGUACGUGGGUAAUUCCCACUCAGAACACGGGCUAGAAGGAGCGAGUUGGCCUCUGGCUAGGGCUCCCGAUUUGGUCCCUAAGGGGAAGUACUGCAUGUCUCGUCCCUGCCGCCAUCCUGGAAGAGGAGGCUCUGCCACCACAGCCUCCUCACCCUUUCCUGUGAGGCAGCCCGCAGCUCAGAGCAGCAUCAAGCAGAUGUGGCUCUGUGGGCCUCUGGCUACGAUGCCUCGAAAGCCUGGCUCCUUCAUCCAUAAUGUGACAAUGAUUUCACCCACCUUGUGAGGUGGUUGGGACAAGUGAAGUCAUCAUGGUCAGGUGCCUGUCACAGUGCCUGGUGCAUAAGACUUGCUCUCUGUGUGUGAGCUGUCUGCUCACCGUGGUUCCUUUCUUUUUAACAAUGACCUUAAAGAAUUGUCACAGGGAGUGUCAGAGGCCCUUUUUCCGGUACCUCUCGUUUCUCUGGCAUAAAAAUCAGUCGGAAACCAGACAGACACUACCUCAGCCAGGGGAUCAAGGUCAGCAUCAACAGUGAUGUCAUGUUGCUAGUGUGUACUCUUGAUAUGAAGUGAUGAAAAUGGCCCUUUACUUCUGAGGUAAAUAACCCAUAACUCCAGUCCUAUCAUGAGAAGAACAUCAGACAGAUCCCGGUAGCGUGGCAUCCUACAAAAACACCUGACCAAAAAAGAAAAAAAAACAACAACACCUGACCGGUUCUCUUUAAAAAACUGUCAAGGUCAUCAAAAGCAAUAAAGUUCGAGAAACUGCCACAGCCAAGAGGAGCCUAAAGAGACAUGAUAGCUAAAUAUAAUAUGGGAUUCUGGAACAGUAAAAAGAGGACCUUAGGUAAAAAUAAAGGAAAUCUAAAUAA